ACGCAGCGCAGCUCGGAGGCUGGGCUCUGAAUGUGGCCUGAUGCUGAUGUAACGGGGGGGGGGGGACCCCGGGAAAAUGUGAUUCACCACUUAGCAGCGAUCAGGGUUGCAUAUUUUACGGUGCUUGUCAUGAUAAGAGUGAAUGCGAAGGCAAAACGGGAGUGCGUGCUCUCCCUCUUGAGGUCCAAAGACAGUCGGUGUGCCCAUUUGGACUGAAGUAACUCAGAAGACCAUUUCAUAAUUUCUUUGGGAAACACUCAACUGUCUUCAGCAACUGAUUAAUCUAUUGCUGCUGCUCGCUUCCAAAUCUUUCUAACAUUCCAGUGAUUACGCUAACAUUGAACCAUCUAAAUCUUCAUUCUGCUUUUUUUUGUGUGCCUGCUGCUUCCGUUCGUACCUUCCGAAAAUUUAAGAGGCUUGGAAUCUUCAAGAGACAGGAAUCAGAUAACAGACUUUAAAAGAAAAAGGAAAAACUAUCCAUUAUGAACCUUAAGCUAGAGCUACGUGCCAUUUUCUUGCUCCCUGUAUACUUACUGAUAUCUCUGUACAGUGCCCUUGUAUUCAUACCAUGGUAUUUUCUUACCAAUGCUAAGAAGAAAAAAGCUAUGGCAAAGCGCCUAAAAGCUAAGCCCAUCUCGGACAGCCCUGGGAGCCCAUACCGAGCCAUUUCCCACCUUGAGACACUAGCCACUAUAGACUUUCCUGGAGCGGACACUCUGGACAAAUUGUUCGACCAUGCUGUAGCAAAGUUUGGGAGAAAGGAUUGUCUUGGAACAAGGGAGCUCCUGAGUGAAGAGAAUGAAAUGCAGCCCAACGGAAAAGUAUUUAAAAAGCUCAUCCUAGGUAACUAUAGAUGGCUCAGCUAUGAGGAAGUGAACCAGAAAAUAAACUACUUUGGAAGCGGAUUAGCUGCAAUCGGGCUGAAACCAAAGAGCACAGUUGCCAUUUUCUGUGAAACGCGAGCAGAAUGGAUCAUUGCUGCCCAGACCUGUUUCCGCUACAAUUUUCCUCUUGUUACUUUAUACGCAACCCUUGGAGAAGAGGCAGUCACCUAUGGGCUGAAUGAAUCCGGAGCAUCGUAUCUGAUUACUAGCAUAGACCUUUUAGAAGGGAAACUUAAGAACGUAUUGUCAAACAUCACGUGUCUCAAACAUAUAAUUUAUGUCGACAAGAAGACUAUCAGUAAAUCAGACUAUCCUGAAAGACUGGAGAUCCACAGCAUGCAAGCAGUGGAAGAACUUGGAGCCAAACCGGAGAACAUAAGCAUCCCUCCUAGUCGUCCUCUUCCUACUGAUCUAGCCUUGGUAAUGUACACCAGCGGGUCCACCGGCCGGCCCAAAGGCGUGAUGAUGAUGCACAAAAACCUGAUCGCUGGAAUGACGGGACAGUGUGAACGAAUACCUGGACUGGGACCUAAGGACACCUACAUCGGCUACCUGCCCUUAGCUCACGUCUUAGAACUGACCGCAGAAAUUUCUUGUAUUACUUAUGGCUGCAGGAUUGGAUACUCCUCUCCGCUCACGCUGUCAGACCAGUCAAGCAAAAUCAAGAAGGGGAGCAGAGGAGACUGUACCGUCCUUAAACCCACCUUGAUGGCAGCUGUACCGGAAAUCAUGGAUCGAAUUUAUAAAAACGUAAUGAGUAAAGUUCAAGAGAUGAACUACAUUCAAAAGACUUUGUUCAAGAUCGGCUAUGAUUAUAAAUUGGAGCAAAUCAAAAGGGGCUACGAUGCCCCGCUGUGUAACUUAUUACUGUUCAAAAAAGUAAAGGCCCUGCUGGGCGGGAACGUCCGCAUGAUGCUGUCUGGAGGUGCCCCCCUUUCGCCUCAGACGCAGAGGUUUAUGAACAUCUGUUUCUGCUGUCCUGUGGGCCAAGGUUACGGGUUAACAGAAACCUGCGGGGCUGGAACGAUCACAGAAGUCGCCGACUACAGCACCGGCAGGGUAGGAGCUCCUCUCGUCUGCUGUGAGAUUAAAUUGAGAGACUGGCAAGAAGGAGGCUACACAAAUAGAGACAAACCAAACCCCAGGGGUGAGAUUAUAAUUGGUGGACCCAACGUAUCCAUGGGCUACUUCAGAAACGAAGAGAAAACGGCAGAAGACUUCAUCACUGAUGAAAAUGGUCAACGGUGGUUUUGUACCGGGGACAUUGGAGAGUUUCACCCUGACGGCUGCCUGCAAAUCAUAGACCGCAAAAAAGAUUUGGUGAAGCUGCAGGCGGGAGAAUAUGUAUCGCUGGGCAAGGUCGAGGCAGUCCUGAAAAACUGUCCGCUGAUUGACAACAUCUGUGCUUAUGCCAAAAGUGAUCAGUCUUAUGUGAUCAGCUUUGUGGUUCCAAAUCAGAAGAAACUCACCAAUCUCGCUGAGCAGAAAGGUGUGACCGGAGGUUGGGUCGACAUCUGUAACAACCCUAUAAUGGAAUCUGAGAUCCUGAAAGAGAUUAAGGAGGUGGCUGACAAAAUGAAGCUGGAGCGAUUUGAAAUACCAGUCAAAGUGCGGCUAAGCCCAGAACCCUGGACCCCAGAGACCGGCCUGGUAACGGACGCUUUCAAACUGAAACGGAAGGAGCUGAAGAACCAUUACCUCAAUGACAUUGAACGAAUGUACGGAGGUAAAUAACCUCCAAGCCACCUCUUAAGUGGGAGGCUGUUCAGGGUUCCUACACAGACUGAGUGACGAAUGUUAAUUCCCCAAAUAUUGGCUGUAAUUGCAAAUGGAGAGAGAGGGGGCCCUUCAUGAAACCGAGACGAGCGACCCGCCCUCCCAUUUCCGAGAAGGAGCAGCGCUCGUUUUCUGAACGACUCUUUCAAAGAUGCUGUUAAAAUGACUGACCACUGCCACAUGGCCUUCUUUCAUUUGAUCACUGCCAGUCCUUGGAUGGCUGUGUUCACAUGAAACCCCCUCCCUGGCCAAACCAUUGUUUCGUUCUUCUAUUUCGCCUCCUAUAACGACUCCUAUGGAAUUUGAGGGUUCCAUGGUGGGGGUUUUUUCCCCCCAGAAUUGAGCCUGUGUCUAAUGUGUGCACUGUACAAGAAAAAGUGAAGAACGAGCAGAGAGAACUGAGCCGGUAGCUUGCACAGAAUGCUGCUUCGUGGUCUGCCAUCUCAGGCCCUUUGCCAGGUGAAGGGAGCUCUGUGUAACUUGACUAUAACCGGGAAGAGCUAAGAGACUAAGAAGGGGAAGCGCCUGUGCUGAAUGAAUGGUUACUUUCACACAGCCAGAACUGACUCGUCACGGCUGGCUGCUUGAAUUUUGCCCCAUGUAUAUGCAGCUAACCGGGUUUCUUAGCUGUGAAGUUGCCGAAGGAGUUCUCUUCCGUUCAGUGACGCCGGCUGUAGUUAAGCUGCUAAAGAGGAAAUUUCAGCUAUGUGAAAGUACCCAGAGAAGAGGCGUUUGUGGUACUUUUCCCUCGAGUAUUAAGGGCCCAAGUCCAGUUUGCUCCUUUUUACUCUACAGGGAAGAAACGUAAUUGUAGCUUUAAAAGCCACUCUCUCCAAUAUCCUCGGCCUUUUCCUGAGCAUAGAUCACAACAUUCCCUCGGCUGAACUGUUCUCAAACUUCUGAAUUGAAUUGUGAGGCAAAGGAAUUCAGCGCUGCCAUCUUCCGCAUGCCAGGAUUCUGAGCAUCUCUAGUGCCUAAAAGGGAACCCAGAACAAUUAAGAGGGGGUGAAUAAUUGGCCGUCCGCAGUUCGUUUUUACCUUUCCAUCCUGCAUUUCCAGUACUGCCACAAAGAUUCUUUCCUUACUCAAACCUCAAAAGAAUAGUCUUCAAAAUAAGAUAGGCUAGUGACGUUUGCCUUCUUCAGUACUCUGCUGGCUUGUACAAUAGAGAGAUUGCUGGCAUCCACACGUUUUCAAAGACUUUAUUUAAACUAGGUUAUAUCUCUGAAAUCAGUGGGGCAAAACAAACCUUGACGGGUAAAGAACUGGCACGGACCUGUCGGAAGGAUCUUUUACACACUUGUACAUCACAGGUGUGACAUCUGGGGAUCUCUCUGCCUGUUCCUUCAAACUCAUACACACCAAGAAUUAAAUCUUAUCCAAAGUUUGGUUUCUGUUUGGGUUUUUUUUUUAAGCUUACUUUUUUCACUUUGAAAGGGCAUUCUCUUUAUCUUUUCAUAUAUCACACAAAACAAGUUGUAGAAGCUGUAAAUUUCUAACUGUGGUGAACUUGGUCUUUGGAACUUUAGUCUUUUUGUCGUUUAAGGAGCUAAUCGGAAGAGGGAGAACCCUGUACUUAAAACUUGUUUUGUCUUUCUGUUUGUGACGAUGUUUUGUUUUAAAACUGGAAAUUCUUGGUGUGAGAAGGCGGGGCAGGCCGUGAGCCUCACGUGAGUGGGUUCUGCACAGCAUAUUUAUAACGAUUGCAACUCAUUAUAAACAUGCUGCGCAGAAUCCACUACGGUUUGCACAUUUUAUGUGCUGCAUUUGACAGAGUGUCUUCUUCUUUUUUUGUCCAUACUUUGGGCUUGUGUAUCCCUGCUAGCAGUUCAUACUUGAACCAGAAAUACUGUAAGAUGUGGCGAUUCUUGAUGCUGUUCUACUUUGCACUUUUUUCUGAAUCCUUUUAUAUAUGUUGCUUCCAUUUUUGUAAAAAUGUGGCCCUUGAUUGCAAUGUGUUCUACUUGGAUCUAAAGUAUUUAUAAACUAGAAUUCUUUUAUUCAUAAUAUUUAAAUGUGUAUAUUAUGGUCAAAAGAAAAAAAUAAUAAUCUGGUAUUGUUAACUGAAGAAUGAAGGGAUUUUUAUACGAUGUGUCAUUUCUGCACAUGGGAGCAGUUUUAAAUGCAAGCCGGGCAAGUUUUUCUUUAUAUGAGGUGUAUGUGUGGGGUUGGCCAACAGCAAAUUUGCUAAAACCUACAGACUAGCGGUUCUGACCAAAACUAGCCAUCCCAUCCCAGAGGACCAAUUGUAGUUUUUAAUCAACGAACAAGAGUUUUUAAUGACUUUCACCUGACUAAUUUAUUCAGCCAAACCAGCACACGGCCAACCAACCUUGUAGAGACCCAAACCCUCAAGUUAAAUCUGGCUGCUGCUUACAGGGGCAGGAAAUUCUAGCCUUUUGCAAAAGGGACCAGGAAAUUGCCUCUUGGUGGGUCUUUAACCAAACGCAUACACUUGUUUACAUAUGCAGGAAAUGCUUCCCGUGUGGAUAGUGGGUGGGUGGGGUUUGUUUUUUUUUUUGGUUUUUUAAAAUGAGCUUGUCUUUGUGGUCUGUUACAUUCAUUCUGUGAUAAAACUGGUCUUCUAUUUAGACAAAAAAACCCCACUAUUUGAUUUUCUGUCAAACACAACAAUUGCAAUACAACAGAUGUAUGGAGCGAA